AUGGCUUACGUCGAGAGAGAUAAUGAAUAUAAGCUGAAGUGCGCUGCAAAUUUGACAAGCGGACUAAUAUGGCGACUGAGCAUAAUCUCAGACUUCUUUCGGGCUAUUGUGAACUUCAUCAAGAUCUUCUUUGACACACUGUUCUCAGUGGACAAAACUGACAGCUACAAGAAAGGAUAUGGUGCUGGUAAGAAGUGGGAUGGUGGACCUGGUGGUGGUGGUGGUGGACGGGGCCCAUAUGGCAGUGGAGGUGGAGGAUUUGGCGGCGGAGGUGGAGGUGGUUCACGCAGUCCUCGCACUCUAUCUGACAUCCGAUCCAAUGACCACAGUUCUCUCCCUGCUUGUGGAUCCUGCUGCGGCUAG